CUUCCUCCCUCUCUCUCGUCCCUUUCUCUCUCUCUAAAUUUGCUUAUCUUUUUCUACACGUUUACCUCUUCGACGCUAUCUGAGAGGGCAAUCCUCAAAACUAAUAUUUACUAAAUAGUUUUUAGAGGGGGAUCUCGUUUUUGUGUCUUCUUUCUACAUUUUUUUUCUGGAAUCGAGGGUUUCAAGCUUUUUGGUCUAGGUUCUUCAAUACCACUGAAAGGCAUCAGAAUCAGGAUUAAACAUGAGACUUGACACGAGUGGUCUUAAUUCUUUGGCUCCAGCACAUGUGGUAAAUGAUGAACUUUGUGAAGGAUUUAUGUCACUGCCGUCAUUCCAGCUUCCUAACAGUGCGGAUUUUGAUACUUUCCAGAAGAAAGCAGUGCAGAUGGUCAAACCUGCAAAGGGGACGACAACUCUUGCAUUUAUAUUUAAAGAAGGAGUGAUGGUUGCAGCUGAUUCUCGAGCUAGCAUGGGAGGAUACAUUUCAUCACAAUCUGUGAAGAAAAUCAUAGAAAUCAAUCCUUACUUAAUUGGGACUUUGGCUGGAGGGGCUGCUGAUUGUCAGUUUUGGCAUAGGAACUUGGGUAUUAAGUGCCGUCUUCAUGAGUUGGCAAACAAGCGACGGAUCUCAGUUACAGGAGCUUCAAAACUACUGGCUAAUAUUCUCUACUCAUACCGGGGAAUGGGCCUAUCUGUUGGCACCAUGAUUGCUGGAUGGGAUGAAACGGGGCCUGGUUUGUAUUAUGUUGACAGUGAAGGAGGACGGCUCAAAGGAACGCGUUUUUCUGUUGGGUCAGGUUCACCAUAUGCAUAUGGUGUAUUGGAUAGCGGGUAUCGAUAUGAUAUGUCAUGUGAAGAAGCUGCUGAAUUGGCACGCCGAUCUAUAUAUCAUGCCACAUUUCGUGAUGGGGCCAGUGGUGGUGUUGCUAGCGUUUAUUAUGUGGGACCCAAUGGUUGGAAGAAGCUUUCAGGCGAUGAUGUUGGGGAGCUACAUUACAAGUACUAUCCAGUGCCAAAGGGCAAUGUGGAACAAGAGAUGGUUGAAGCCUCUAGCUGAGAUUCCAUAUAAAAAUUAUGGACUUGUUAUUUAUGUCCUCCGCUCUUUUGCAGGAGGGUCAGUUGGGCCUAUUUGUUUUCAAAUCUGGUACUUUGUAUGUCCAUGAAGUGUGAAACUGUGAAAACCCGCCCCAUUUCUACAUCAUUUGGACCUUAGUAUACAAUAGUCACAAUAUUUUUUUCCUUUCUUUUU